GCUUUUUUUUUUAAGAAACAAAAGUCUGAAAGAAUAAUUGUUCUUCAAAAAUAAAUGAAUUUAUUAUAAUUAUUUGUUUGGCCGCAAAAAACUUCGAUGUUUGCCAUAUAAAAUCGAUGCUUUAAGAAAUUGUACAAAAAAACAUCGAUGCAUCGAUUUUGCCAUCGAUGUUUCUCCACCUCGUCGACAGUGUUUUGUUUUUUAAUGCUCAAUGAAAAAACUAAUUUGGCAUCAUCCAAUGCAAAUGGAACGGUGACAUAAAUACGAAAUAAUAAAAACGUGGCCAAGUGACGAACGCAUAGAGUAGAAUAGUGGCAGGCGAUUGCAACAAUAAUCAAGUACAAAGAAGAAGGUGCAACACAAAGAAGGAGCAAGAAGCAUGAGCUGAAACUGGUCAAACAGAAACGUACAAAUAAGAAAAAGAUAAUUUCAAGGCGAACGCAGCGCAGCGCAAGGGAAGGAAAGGGAAAGCAAGUUGAAGUAAGGUGACAAAUAAGGCAACGCGACGCGACGCGACGAAUCGAAUUGUAAUUGUAUUGCUGCUCUCCUCUGGCUCUAGCUGGUCCGCGUGCUGAUUGCUGCCAGCCAAAGAACACAAGAACACACAUACACCUGACCACGUGUGUGUGUGUGAGUGUGUGUGUGUAAGUUUGCAUGUUGGUGCGUUUGCGUAUGCGUGUGUGUGUGCGUUGUAUGCUAACUGGAACUUGCAGGCGGCCAUCAAUGCAACAACAAUAACAGCAGCUGAAGAAGAAGAAGAAGAAGCAGCAGCAGCGCAGCAGUAGCAGCAGAAGUAAAAACAGAAGCAAAAGUGGAAGUGGAAGAAGAAGAGACGCGCGCACCACACGAAUGCGAAUGCGAAUGUGAAUGUGAAUGCAAUAGAGGAGCAUUGAAAUCAACAUAACAGGAAUAACAACGGCAAACAGCAGCAGAAGCAGAAGCAGCAGCAGAGCAUUGUCAUCUCCUUAUCCAUAAUCUCUGCAUCGACGCCAACAACAACAACAAUCCCAAUAUGAGCACAGUGUUUAUCAAUUCGAGGAAAAGCCCGAAUGUGCUGAAGAAACAAGGCACAGACCAAUGGGUCAAGCUCAAUGUGGGUGGCACCUACUUUCUAACCACGAAAACAACGCUUUCCCGUGACCCCAAUUCGUUUCUCUCGCGUCUCAUACAAGAAGACUGUGAUUUGAUAUCAGAUCGGGAUGAGACUGGCGCAUAUCUAAUUGACAGAGAUCCCAAGUACUUUGCGCCCGUACUCAACUAUUUGCGGCAUGGCAAACUCGUCUUGGACGGCGUCUCCGAAGAAGGCGUUCUCGAGGAGGCUGAAUUCUAUAAUGUGACACAGUUGAUAGCGCUGCUCAAGGAGUGCAUCAGUCACAGAGAUCAAAGACCGUAUGCGGACAAGAAGCGCGUCUAUCGUGUGCUGCAAUGCCGCGAACAAGAGCUGACACAGAUGAUCUCAACUCUGUCGGAUGGCUGGCGCUUCGAGCAGUUGAUUACUGUGGGCAUGCAAUACUCCAACUACGGCCCCUUUGAGAACAAUGAGUUCCUUUGUGUUGUGUCCAAAGAGUGCGGCUCGACAGCCGGACGUGAGCUGGAGCUUAAUGAUCGCGCCAAGGUUUUGCAGCAAAAGGGAUCGCGCAUUCUUGGAAUUUAAAAAGCUGUAUUCUCCCCAUCCAAGAAAGAAAGAAAAGUAAAUCCCAAGUUGUAAAACGAAUAACAACACUCCACAACCACAGCAACAACAACAGCCAAGCACCACAACAACAGCAACAACAACAUUAAGAACUAAUUGAAAAUUAACAACAACAACAACAUCAACAACAACCAGAAAGAACAACAACAAUAAUUAAUACAAGCCUAACGUGAUCUGAGCCUUAUUUUAUGACUAUGCAGUUUUCAACGUAAAGUGGAAAUUGUGCAAGCAUUAAAUUAAAUACAUUGUCAAUCGGUCAGUCUGCCAUCAAUCAUCAAUCAAUCAAUCACAAACAAUUAUCAAUUAAACAUCAAUAAGUCAUCAAAAUAAUCAACAAUGAUUCAUCAAUCAAACAUCAGUCAAUCAUCAGUCAACACUCAAUCAUCCAUCAAUCAAACACCACUCACCAACACAAUCACACACGCAUCAUCCUUUAUCUUAGGUAUGUUUGCCUUUGAUUUUUGAUCAUUUCGACAACAAUUAUUGCAAUCAUUCAAUUCACAAUGUCCGAUUGUCUUUUUUUUAUGUGUUAGCUUACAUUUGCGAAUGAGUGAUAGAAUGUUUUUUGUUGCUCUGUCUGUCUGCAUCACACUUUCAUAAACGCACAAGUAGAACGCACUGCGCUCUUCAAACGAUCCACAAUCAAUCAAUCAAUAUAUUAUAUAUGAGAAUAGUUAUAUAUAUUAUAUAUAUAGUUGCUUAGUUAUGCGGUAGAGGUUUUUCUUUUGUUUGGUUUUCUGACCGUGGAGAGAGAGAGCAUAUAAAUAUAUUUUUGGCUUCCCUUUUGCCUUCCGCAUUUGAAGAGUGCGUUAUUACGCUUAAUAUGAACGAUAAACGAUGAACGAUUAACGAUUAACGAGUUGUUGAUGACAAACAAAAAUUGAGAAGAUGUUUUCAAGAGUUUUAAGAAGGAGCACAUGCAAAUAGAAUGCAUUCAAUGUGGGUCAAGCACAAACAAAAACACCGCCAACAACUUUGCUUAGGCUUAGGCUAAACAAAAAUAGAAAAACAAAUAGAGAAAGCAAAAGCAAAAUACAAACAACAAACAAAAAACAACAAUUAACUUUAAUAACGUAAUAUUUAUGUAUAUUGUACGUGUAACCGACAUUAUGCUAAGAAGACAGUUGUAGAAAGCACCUAGAGAAGAUGCCUAGAUGCUUAGACAAAUACACAGACACAGAAACGUGAAUUCUAUACAAAUACAAAUACACAUACACAUACACAUUCAAAUGCAACUAAAGAACUAAGAAGCGAAGACAGUUGAUGACUUUCUUGACUCGUCGUUUCGUGUGUUCUGCAAUCGUCUGAAGAAUGCUGAAUAUAUCCAGAUAUAUCUCUCUCGUCUAGCUGUUGUGUCAUCUGGAUCUUAAACGUUUGCAUAGCCUACGAAUCGAGUUGGAAUCGGAGUUAUCAACUGUCGAAGGAUCAAACGUGAAACGUGAUGCGAUACGUUUAUAAUUGUACUUUUAGCUGUUUAGCUGUUUUUAUUGUGCUUACAAUAACAAUAACAAUAAGCAGGCGACGAUGACGAUGACGAUAACGAUAACGAUGAGAAAAACGCUGAUAUUCAAACUCAAACAAACUCUCGACUCAGCAAAGCAAAUAAUAAUAACAAUAAGUAAACCUUGCAUAUAAAUUCAUCGCAUAGAGAUAGAUACUUCUUUGAAAUGCUUUUGUUUUUGUGCGAAAAUCACUCAUUAAUAGGCUCAAUAUCAGGCAUCAUCGAUACCGAUUACCUUAGCAACAAAAGUAAUGAGUUGGUGAAGCAAUUCGGAUUUGAUCAAAGGAUCAAAUGAUCCUCAAUGGAACUAACUUUAAUGAUCUUAUUAUGAGAAAAGAGAAAUUAUGAGGGCAAAUCAGUAUCUCAUCGUCCGUUGUCCGCUGUUGAAUUACGAAUUAUGAACGUAGAUUUAUUACUGUUUUUUUUUUUCUUAUGUUAGACACUUGAAUUUCCGGAAUAUGUUGCUGACUUUCUAUUGGUAUUAUGGUUUAGUGAUUUUAGGGAAUUCACCUGGUAAAAGCGUCAUCCGAUUACACACAUUCACACACACACACACACACACAUACAUAAUAUAUUUAGAUCGAAAAGGUUAACACUCGAAAUUCGAUUCGAUUCGAUUCAAAGAUUUGUCAAGCGCAAUUCGGCAAUUGGUGUUCAACUGUUUUGAUUCUUAAAAAGCAACUUAAUUUCACGGCAUUAAGUUUCAGUUGCAUUUAUGUCUGAUUAUCAAUAAUAAUAAUAAUUAAAAUAAUACUAUAACACUUAACUAAUAAUUGUAAUAAUAAUAAACCUAACUGUAAUCGUAAUAAGAGAAAAUGCAAGAGAAAAUUAAAAUUAAAUUAAUAUUUAUGGCAAAAUGCUGCCGCCUCGUUCUAUUGCAUUGUGCAUUGUGUGUAUUUAGCGCCCGGUUUGCAUUACUACCUUGAGCUUUAUUUAAAUGAAAACUGAAAAUGAAAACUGAAAAUGAAAAACGAAAACGAAAAACUGAUAAACUGAAUGAUGCGAAAUUCAAAAUGAAAAACAAGCAAAAUGCAAAUCAAAGAAAACCAAAACUGAUAACGAAAAUGAAGAAAUAUUUUAAAUCACGACUGAAUUUAUGUGAAAAAUUGCACUAGAAAACAAAGAAAACAAAAACAAGGCGAAGAGAAGGAAAGAAGAUGACGAUGAGGAUGGAAAUUAAUAUGGGAACGAUCUGAAGAUGGAGAUUGAGAUUGAAAAUUGAAAAGCAAAUAAAAAUAAACUAAAUGAAAGUGUUGAAAAUAACAAAUGCGUUGCAGUUUAAGCUAGAGUUACGCAUUAUUAAUUAUAUAUUUAUGUAUGUACAUAUAUAAUUUUAAAAGUAAACUAAUUUAUACACCAACCAAAAACAAAGUAAGAAAAACAAAAAGCGAAAAAAAGAAAAAAAAAAAAACAACAAAACAAAAGCAAAUUGAAUAACGAAUCAAAAUGU